AUGGUCCUCUCUCACACUACGAACCACACCUACUCCCACCCCUUCCCGACCGUGACACUCGCCUACUUCCUCCGCUACUCUUCGCCCAAACUCAACCCGUUCUCCACCCAUGUCCUCAGCACCGACACCAUCGAUAGUCGCCUCGACCCGGUGACGGGCCGGCUGCACACCACCCGCAUCCACCUCAAGAAGUCUCGCAUGCCUGCGCCCGUCUUCAAGCUUCUCCCUACAUCCAUCACCGGCGGCGGCUCCAGCGAGAAAGUGAGCUAUGUUCUCGAGAACUCAGUCAUUGACAUGCGCGAGGGUUGGAUGCGUACCGAGAGCAAGAAUCUCAGCUUCAUGAAUGUGCUCUCCGUUGUGGAGAAGCAGGACUUCCGCCUUCCCACCGAUGCAGCUGACGCGAACACCGACGUCACAACCACAUAUGUCUACAAGUCGCGUCUCGGCGAAAGGCUUCGCGGCGGCAAGAAGGACCAGAUGCAAUCUGCCGUCGAGCAGCCGGAGCAAAAGGAGGGUCGCUGGAUGCCGGGCUGGAUGAGCGGACUCGGCGCGCGCGGCGUUCAACGCAGUAUUGAGAGCAUCGCUUCGAGCAAGACACAGGAUCAGAUGGGCAAGAGCCGUGAGGGCAUGCGCGUCGUCCUGGAGAGACUUAGGAAGAAUGGCGUCGUGGGCGUGCUGGAGAUGAUGAGACGGGAACGCCAGUUGGCCUGA